UUAUUUAAUAUAUCACAAUAUGCAAUGUAUACCUAAUAUAACAUGAAAAGAUACAGUUAUUGUACAAGGUUUCUAAAAUGAUCAUUAUUGUUCCUACUGCAAAUUUUCAUUCGUAUCACCAUAUCUAUCACUACUCUCACCAUUAUCUUUAUAAUUCCGUUGGCGCUGGAAUCAUUAAUUCUACUAUCAUUAUUGUCAUGGUUAUUAUUCUCUCAAUUGCCAUUGUUACAUCUACCAUGACUAUUGUUAUUUCUAUCAUCAUUAUCACUAUUUUCAUCAUUAGUUUUGUUAUUUUCACCAUGACUAUUAACAUUCUAUUAACGAAAAUGUAAUUAUGAUUUCUAUCUUGUUAUACCUAGAAAUGUUAGUUUUUUAUUUCAAUCAGUAAUAUGAAUAAGAGAAGAAAGAAACACCACAGAUCAAACCCACUUGCAUCGACUAACCUAAUAAGAGAUCUAUUACCGGGUACUAUAAAAAGGUGAGAAUUUCGAUUUCACAAUACCUUCCCCCCAUGCUUAGGAGAAAAAGAACUCGAGGACAACGAUAACCCAGAAACACCAUUACAAAAAUACUAUUUGGCAAGGAUGCUUGCAUUAUAAAAACCCACGUUAGUUUGAAUGUUGCACACACAUCAUGUACCGUCUGAAGACCUUGCUCCUGGCUGCAGUAGCUGUGACUGUCGGUGCCCAGUGCCCCGCCAUGUUCUUCGAGGCCGGGGGAGGCUGCUUCCACGUCGUAGACACCGGCGAGACGGACAUCACGUGGGAAGACGCUCGGGAAACGUGCAUCGGCCUGAGCGGGGACGGCUGGAACGUGGACCUGGCUUCUCUGGAUUCCACGGCGCAGCUCGAGGCCUUCGCGGAGGCGUGGGCUACAGCGGGGGCGGAUUACAGGCCCUACGGCUACAUGUGGGUGGGCUUCACCCGUGAGACUGGGCAGUGGGCCAACCUGGACGGAGUGCCAGUGUCCCUCUACUCCAACAUGUGGCGAGAAAGUCAUCCGCACGACAUGAACAUGUACGUCUACAUCGAGGACGUGACCAUGACCUCCGGCAUCGAGUCCCGAGGGCGCUUCUACGCCUCGUGCACGAUGCAGGACGCUCUGCAGAGAGCGCUGUGCAGGGCUUUCCCGGCCUAAUUAGGACCUGAAUAAAUACACUAUGAAAU